ACCCCUACAGACUCUUUUGCCUUUACACAUGUUAAAAAUUAAAUGUAUCUUCAUGAAACGUAUGUCUUUGUUCUCAUUGUCCUGUUGACUUGUCCUCUUUCUUUUUUACUUGCUCAGCUCUCACAGAUAACCUGCUGCAGACACAGAUGCCAGAUUUUGAUGAGGCCAUUGAGAAACUCUUCUCUAAAGUGUCUGGAUUAGAUGUUUUGUCGAAAAUACCACAUUCACAGCUUGAAGAGUGUGCCAUCCAGUUGUGGAACUGGUCGGUGACCAAAAACGCCAGUGGUGCUCUGAGUAAAGUUCAAAAAGCCAAAGUUCGUCAUGUCGCAUGCAGUCUGCUUUACUGCUGUGAACCUGAGAAUCCAACAGAGGGCGCCAUCCGCAAGCAGAUCCUGGUGAGCAGCACUGCAGGCCCUCCUCGACCAGCGCUCAGCAUUUCAUGAGGAGAAGG